AUAAAUAGAGCUGCUCUUAAAUCCACUUGGAGAUUCUCAGAAAGGAACCCUACAUGCGUUUGGAGGACUGAUGCUGUCCUACCAAACUGCAGUUCAUCAGCUACUGGAGCUACGUGCACUGGUGCAAGCAGAAGAGCUCUGGCAUUUCAAGGCCUUGCUGAUGCUGAGCUUAGGAAGUAUUUAGCGUGGGUCCCAAGGAAGACAGCUGGGUUCUCAUACCUGGACAGUAAGCAACGCCCUGUGAAGCAGUCCCUGAGUGCCUGCAUGUGCCGAGAGUCCCACUGGAAAUGCCUCCUCCUCUCCAUCCUCAUGUACGGCUGCCUGGCUGCAGUGGCCUGGUGUCAGCUGGCCCGGGUGACCAAGCUCACCUUCGAUAGCUCCUUCAAGGGCAAGUCCAUGAUCUACCAUGACAGCCCAUGCUCGGACGGCUACGUGUAUAUCCCACUGGCCUUCCUCUCCAUGCUCUACGUGGUGUAUCUGGUGGAGUGCUGGCACUGCCACGUCAAGAGAGAGCUGCAGUACAAGGCAGACGUGGACAGUGUCUAUGAGUGCAUCAACCGCAUGCAGCAAGCCACUCCGUGUAUCUGGUGGAAGGCCAUCAGCUACCACUUUGUGCGGCGAACCCGGCAGGUGACCCGGUACCGCAACGGCGACGCCUACACCACCACGCAAGUCUACCACGAGAGGGUCAACACCCACGUGGCUGAAGCUGAGUUUGACUACUCUCACUGUGGAUACAAGGACAUCUCCAAGGAGCUCCUAGGCCUGGAGAGCUACACGGCCACCAAGCUGAGGUUCACCAAGUGCUUCAGCUUUGCCAACAUUGAGUCUGAGAACUCUUACCUGACUCAGAGGGCUCACUUCUUCACGGAGAUCGAGGGGCUGGAUGACUACAUGGAGGUGAGGGAAGGCAUGCAGCUCAAAAACGUGGACUUCAAGGAGCUCAUGAUGGCCUACGGGGACCCAGAUCACCUCCCGUGGUACGUGUCCCACUAUGCCUUCUGGGUGGCAGCUAUCCUGAUGAUCUCCUGGCCGCUCAGGGUCCUCAUAGAGUAUCGGACUGCUUACGUCCACUACCACGUGGAGAAGCUGCUGGGCCUGGAGUACAUGGCACCCAGCGCAGCUGAGGAGCCCUUGUACCGGUACCGCAUGCCCCGAGACGCCACGCAGGACAGCACCGAGCUGGAGUGGCACAUCUGCACCAACCGGCAGCUGAUCCCCAGCUACUCCGAGGCCAUGCUCAUGGACCUGGCCAACUCCCCGGCCUACAACAGCUACACGGUGUGCCGCUACGGCCAAACGGCCCACGGCUGCGAGCGCUGCAACCGUGCCUCCAGCACCUCCUCCAUCUUCUCCCGCCACGCUUUGCACAGCUGCAGCGGCAACUCUCGCCUCUCUCUCAACACCAGCCGCUUCUCGCUCUGCCGAGUCCACGGCUCCCACAGGACAGGCCUCUGGAGGAGCCGCAGCAGCAGCAUCGCGGAGCGGGGCUGCCAGGACGAGCAGUGCUGCUCCUACUCCAGCCAGCUGGCUGUCAAUGAAAACCCCCCAACCUACCACGACGCCCGCUUCUUCCCCGUCCUCAUCGUGCACAGGCCGGAGGGGCACGACGGGCGGCAUUUCUAUGUCAGGCGCUCCUCUUGUCUAGAAACCUCUCUGUGACAGCCCUGCGUGGUUUCUCGGCUCCUGUGCCCCGGGACAGGCCUUGCAGAGAUGCUGCCCCUGGGGAUCCUGCAAGCCUCGGUCACCACAGCAGGUCGGCUUCAGCCCUUCCCCCUGCCUUUGGACAUAGUCACCCUGACCGACGGCUAACCUCAUUCCCAAGAGCUCUCCCUGCUUGGGCUGAUCCCCCUUGUCUUUUGUUCCCCUCUUCCUUUUGCUCUUUCACUCCUCACCCUCUCUCUGUUCCCUGCCUCUCCCUCCCAGUCUUUUUUUCACAUUUCAGUCCCAGCAUUUGACCACUGCUGUCACUGGAGGACCGAUAAAGCCAGUGCUCUGCAGCUUAUUUGCCCUCUUUGAUGCCCUGCAAGGUAAGGAAGUCGGAUGGAGGAAGGCAAAAGGCACACAGCCAGCCAGUUAAGUCAGGAGGAUUCAGAUCUGCAGGCACUGAGUCACCUCCUGCAAAUCCCAAACGGUGUGCUCUUAAAAUUUCUUCUCACCAGUCUUUUUUCCUCUUCUUCCGUCAUUUAUUCUCUCUGUUCUUCAUGUUCUCCUCCUCUUGCUUUACCCUCAUCUUCCUAGGGCUUUUUGUUUUUCAGAUUUCUCACCUCUGCUUUCCAGUUCUGGGAUUUUGCCAGUGAGGGUGUAUUUGGGGUGGAAUUGCCUCCCAUUGGGCAAAAAGAAGGGCUUCGUGGCACAGAUAUCGCUGACUGCUGACACAGCUACGGGCUAUGCCCCUGAGAAGUGCUGAGGACUUCCCUUCUGCAGCAGUGAUGUUGACCAAUAAAGCAAAAAGCCCUUUACUCACCUUGCCCUGUCUGGUCUGCAGCAGAGACACUGCUGCAUUUCCAGCUGUAGUUAACCUUGUCGAGCUCCACCCCUGUUAGCAAUCUUUGAGAGCUGUAGAUCAGUGCCCUGUUAGUGUCACUAUUUUUAGGACUGUGAGUCUGAUUUGUGGUUGUUUCAUUCCUCCCACUUGCUCAGAGCAGCAUGGGUCAGACAAGGGGAGAGGGGCUGAAGAGGGAAAAGUAAAUAUGGUAUUAACCCUCCCACUGCUAGUCUGGAGUUUUCAGGAAGCUCUUCUACCCGCAGCAUCUAUUAGAGCAGUUGCAGGACUGCUCUCUCUUAUCUUUCAGCUUUCUGUGUGCCCUGGGGAGGGCCCACUGCUGCCUUCUCACCUUCCCAGGCAAGGUGCGGUGCCACCCCAGCCCUAGGCAGGGAGCUCAGCUGGGAUCCAGCCCCACCAGCCACUCCUGCUGGGGCUCCUCUUCCUGCAAGGCUUCCCCCAGAGCAGGUGCAGCACCUCUGGGAGUGAAUCCCAGCAAUGCCGAACCCAGAAGGUCUCCAGUUCUAGAGAAGCAGACUGCUGCGCUCUGGGCUGUGGACUGACUUCCUGACCUGGCCAAGAGGCUUAUGGACUCUGAGGACCCGUGAGGGACCUCCCACCUGCCAAACCUCCAUCCCACAGGGGACGGUCAUAGGCUGAGCAAGCUCUGUACCAUUUGGUUGUGUGGAUGGUGGAGAUUAUUACCCACUGUGACUCACAGGAGAAUGCAAUACGAUCGCAAUACAGUCACUUCCAAAACCAAUGUGUCGUCACACCACACAGCAAGUAGGUAAGAAGUCGAGCCCCCAGAGGGGCUGGCAACAAAUGCUUCCUCCCAAGUCUGUUCUGUGCGUGUCUACAUGUAAUAUGAGAUGUGUAAAGUCACAUUGGUAUGUGUAGAUUAUCUAGAACUCUGCAUACUUAUCUGGUGAUUUCUUAUGGCAUUGACUGUUGCACCGUGUUAAAUACAUUUUGGUUGGGUUUGGUGACUCCA